AUGGCCGAAAACUCCUCCACUUCAUUUGAACAUAACUUUCCAACUAGUUCUCUUAUUCGAGCAUCACGGCAAAUAGUAAAAACAAAUCAAUCGGGUUAUGAUAUCAUUUGCGAAACGAACUAUCAAAAAAAUUCUCAAAUAUUAUUUCAAAUUACUUGGACUAAUAAAGAUGGUGUUGAACGAAUAGUUAAAAGUAUUAAAUCAGCAAGACAUGUUGCAAAAUUAUUAGUGGAGGAUAUAAAAUGCAAUAAUACUCAAGUACUUCAAGUACUUACUAGUACUUCAAUAUCUGGUGUUCAUCUUUUUGGAUUUGACUUUGAUUUUUAG